AAGCAGCUGGCGGCGGCACCACCGCCACAGCGGCUCCUCUCAUUGGUCGAUCCUCGGCAGAGCUCAGGUAUAAAACAGCAGACGUUUUUCAUCUUCAUCAUGCUCAGCAUCAGAAGCACCAUGGCCUUCCUCUGGAUCGUGUCCUGCCUCGCCUUCAUCAGCACCGCCUACGGCUGCGGUACUCCCUCCAUCCCUCCCCAGGUGACUGGGUAUGCUCGCAUUGUGAACGGUGAGGAGGCGGUUCCUCACUCCUGGCCCUGGCAGGUGUCCCUGCAGCAAUCCAGCGGCUUCCAUUUCUGUGGAGGUUCUCUGAUCAACGCCAACUGGGUGGUUACCGCCGCUCACUGCGAAGUCAGGACCUACCACCGUGUGGUCAUUGGCGAGCAUAACAAGGGUUACGGCACCAACGAGGAUGUCCAGAUUCUGUCCCCUUCCCGGGUCUUCACUCAUCCCAACUGGAACGCCAACACCAUCAACAACGACAUUGCUCUCAUCAAGCUGUCCUCGCCCGCCGUCCUGGGAACCACCGUGUCCCCGGUCUGCCUGGCCCAGUCCAGCGACUCCUUCUCCGGGACCUGCGUGACCUCCGGAUGGGGCCUGCUCCGGUCUACUGCUGCCAGCACUCCCAACACCCUGCAGCAGGCGGCGCUGCCCCUGCUGACCAACACUGACUGUAAGCGGUACUGGGGCAGCAACAUCUCCGACGUCAUGAUCUGCGCCGGGGCGUCCGGAGUCAGCUCGUGCAUGGGUGACUCUGGCGGUCCUCUGGUCUGCGAGAAGAACAACGCCUGGACUCUGGUGGGCAUCGUGUCCUGGGGAAGCAGCAGCUGCUCCACCUCCAUUCCUGGAGUGUACGCCCGUGUGACUGAGCUCCGCGGGUGGGUGGACCAGAUCCUGGCUGCCAACUAA